AUGUCGGCGGCCAACACCGUGGUAGAGAACGGCGGACGCACUCUGCUUUUGGACAAGUCCUCCUUUUGCGGUGGCAACAGCACCAAGGCCACUAGUGGCAUUAAUGGCGCAGGCACCAAGACGCAAAAGAGCAAGUCUAUCCCAGAUAAUUCAGAGAUCUUCAUCGCCGAUACCCUCAAGGGUGGCGCCAAGAAGCCCGAAUUGGCCAAGGUUCUUUGUGCCAACAGUGCUGCUGAUGUGGAUUGGCUGGUGGACAAGUUCGACCUGGACCUCUCCUUGCUCGCACGCUUGGGCGGCCACUCCCAACCGCGCACGCAUCGUGGAAAGGAGCGCUUCCCAGGCAUGACCAUCACUUAUGCCUUGAUUCAGAUGUUGGAGAAGGUGGCAGAGAAGACCAAUCGUGCUCGCAUCAUCACCAAAGCCGAAGUCUUUAAAUUGGUCCUAAAUGGUCGCUCCGUGGUGGGCUGCGAGUACCGGAAGGCUGGAAAAGUGAUCAAGGAGUUCGGCCCCAUGGUGUUGGCCUCGGGUGGCUUCGGCGCGGACUUCGGCUCGGACUCCUUGCUGGCGACGUACCGGCCGGAUUUGUUGCAUUUGCCCACCACCAACGGUGAGCACUGCACAGGUGAUGCCAUCAAGAUGGGAGAGGCCAUUGGUGCUGCAACCAUCGAUUUGGAGUGGGUUCAGGUGCAUCCCACUGGCCUGGUGAAGCCCGAUGAUCCCGAUGCCAAGGUGAAGUUUUUGGCGGCUGAGGCCUUGCGUGGAGUGGGGGGCAUCGUCCUGGAUGCCAAUGGCCAGCGCUUCUGCAACGAGCUGGGCCGCCGCGACUACGUCACCGGGGAGAUGUGGAAGAACAAGCCACCCUUCCGCUUGUGCCUGAACCGCGCGGCUGCAGAUGAGAUCAUUUGGCAUGCCAAGCACUACACUGGACGUGGCGUGAUGAAGUUCUACCCUUCUGGGGAAGACCUGGCCAAAGACAUGGGCGUGCCUUUGCAGACUCUGGUGGACACUCACCAGAAACACUAUGAGGCUGCCAAGAAGCAAGAGAAGGAUCCCGAUGGUGGCUCUUUCCCCGCCUACCCUUCAGGCAAAACCUGGGAUGAGCCAAGUGGCAAGACGGGCAGUGGAAAGAAAUUCUUCCACAACAUCAUUGACGGUUCCAAGGUGGCCACCGAGCCUUUUUACGUGGCAAUUAUUACUCCAGUCAUUCAUUACUGUAUGGGUGGCUUGGAAUGCACGGUGGAUGCUGAGUGCUUCGACAAGAGUGGUAAGGUCAUUCCAGGACUCUAUGUGGCGGGCGAGGCAGCUGGUGGCAUCCAUGGCAACAAUCGCUUGGGUGGCAACUCGUUGUUGGAUUGCGUGGUCUUUGGGCGUGUGGCCGGCAAGGCAGCCUGCAAACUCACCUUUGGGAAGGACGAGAAGUUCAAGCCCUGCCCGACACCUGGAGAGAUCAAAGAGUUGACCAAGUGA